UGCGCGUCUCCGCCGUACUGCCCUAGCUUCCUGUCCGUCCCCAGGUGACCGCUCGCCCUAGUUCCCAGGCCUUGGCCUCCGCUGGGCGAGAAUCUCAGAGCCUGCGGUCUGGGCGCCGACCGAUCCGGCCGGCACCCAGGCGGCGUGGGCCUGUGCGGGCCAGAGUUCGCGCGAGCCAGGCGGAGGUUCGAGCGAGGACUCGCAAACACUAGCUCUGGGUCCCCAGGGGCUGGGUGAACAGUGGCCGCGGCGAAGAGGCGGCGGGACCUGGGACUGCAUCCUCGGCCUCCCCACUGAGGUUCCGCGGGACAGCGAGUCCUCGGGGAGGCAGAUUUGGGCCACGAGUUGUGGGGCGCCCUGCCUGAGUUUGUCCUAUAGGCCCCAGACCCGGCUUUUCGGGAACAGAACUCCAUUGGUGGGGUGGAAGGAAGAGGCUUUGAGAGCAGAAGCGCAUAGCAAAAGCACCGCCUACUCGGACCUCUGGGAGCUCCAAGAGAGAUCUGUCUUCACUUUCACAGUCCUCUACAGUUUACCAAGAGCAGCAGAAAAUGAGUACAUCCCUGGGGCCAGUGUCAUUCAACGAUGUGGCUGUGGAUUUCACCCAGGAGGAGUGGCAGCAGCUGGAUCCUGAGCAGAAGAUGACAUACAGGGAUGUGAUGCUGGAGAACUACAACAACCUAGUUUCUGUGGGCUAUCACAUUAUCAAACCGGAUGUUAUCAUCAAGUUGGAGCAAGGAGAAGAGCCAUGGAUAGUAGGAGAAUUCCUACUUCAGAACUAUCCAGAUGAAAUGUGGCAAACUAAUGAUCUAAUAGAGAAAGUCCAAGAAGAUGAAAAUAAAUAUUCAAGGCAAACUUUGUUCAUCAACAAGAUCCUGCUUGAAGAAAGAGGUAAUGUUCCUGGUAAAACUUCUAAUGUUGAAACGAACUCUGUUCCUUCGAGAAAAAUUGCCUUUCAAAAUAGCCUAUGUGACUCAUGUGAGAAGACUUUAACAUCUGUUUCAGAGUAUAUUAGUAGUGAUGGAAGCUAUGCAAGAAUGAAACCUGAUGAAUGUAGUGGAUGUGGGAAAUCACUCUUCCAUAUUAAGCUUGAGAAAACUCAUCGAGGAGAUAAAUCUUACGAAUUUAAUCAAAAUGGGGAACCUUAUACUUUAAAUGAAGAAAAUAUUUAUAAGAAAAUUCAUAUUUUGGAGAAACCCUUUGAAUAUAUUGAAUGCUCGAAAUCCUUUCAAGAGGACACAGAUUUUGUUAACCACAUGGAAGAGAAGCCCUAUAAGUGGAAUGCAUCUGAAAUAGCCUUUCUCCAAAUGUCAAACCUCAGUGUACAUCAGAGAUCCCAUAUGGAAAUGAAACCCUAUGAAUGCAGUCAGUGUGGGAAAUCCUUUUGCAAAAAGUCUAAGUUUAUUAUACAUCAGAGGACUCAUACAGGAGAGAAACCUUAUGAAUGUAAUCAAUGUGGGAAAUCCUUCUGCCAGAAAGGAACCCUCACUGUACAUCAGAGAACACAUACAGGAGAGAAGCCCUAUGAAUGUAAUGAAUGUGGGAAGAACUUCUACCAGAAGUUACACCUCAUUCAACAUCAGAGAACUCACUCAGGAGAGAAGCCCUAUGAAUGUAGUUAUUGUGGAAAAUCCUUUUGCCAGAAAACACACCUUACACAACACCAGAGAACACAUUCAGGAGAGAGACCCUAUGUUUGUCAUGACUGUGGGAAAACCUUUUCCCAGAAGUCAGCCCUUAAUGACCAUCAGAAAAUUCACACAGGUGUGAAACUCUAUAAGUGUAGUGAAUGUGGGAAAUGUUUCUGCCGCAAGUCUACUCUAACUACCCACAUGAGGACACACACAGGAGAAAAACCUUACGAGUGUAAUGAAUGUGGAAAAUUCUUCUCUCGGUUAUCAUAUCUCACUGUACAUUAUAGAACUCAUUCAGGAGAGAAACCUUACGAAUGUAAUGAAUGUGGGAAAACCUUCUACCUAAAUUCAGCCCUCAUGAGACAUCAGAGAGUACACACAGGAGAGAAACCUUAUGAAUGUAAUGAAUGUGGAAAAUUAUUCUCCCAGUUGUCAUACCUCACUAUACAUCAUAGAACUCAUUCAGGAGUGAAACCCUAUGAAUGUAGUGAAUGUGGAAAAACCUUCUACCAGAAUUCUGCCCUUUGCAGACAUCGAAGAAUACAUAAAGGAGAAAAGCCCUAUGAAUGUUAUAUAUGUGGAAAAUUCUUCUCUCAGAUGUCAUACCUCACUAUACAUCAUAGAAUUCAUUCAGGAGAGAAACCAUAUGAAUGUAGUGAAUGUGGAAAAACCUUCUGCCAGAAUUCAGCCCUUAAUAGACAUCAGAGAACACACACAGGAGAGAAAGCCUAUGAAUGUUAUGAAUGUGGGAAAUGCUUCUCUCAGAUGUCAUAUCUCACUAUACAUCAUCGAAUUCAUUCAGGAGAGAAACCUUUUGAAUGUAAUGAAUGUGGAAAAGCCUUCUCUCGGAUGUCAUACCUCACUGUACAUUAUAGAACUCAUUCAGGAGAGAAACCCUAUGAAUGUUCUGAAUGUGGGAAAAAAUUCUACCACAAAUCAGCAUUCAAUAGCCAUCAAAGAAUUCAGGAAAGGGAAUAUGAAUGCAAUGGAUGUGGGAAGGCUUCUCUGAAGUCAGACCUUAUUUUUAUGUCUUGAGAACCCUUUCAGUAUAAUGACUAGCUGAAGUCAGAUCCAUUGGAUAUCAGAGAGCUCACACUCUGUACAGUGCCAGAAUCGUGAUGUGAAAAUUCACAGAGUAGAAACCAUGUUCAUAAGGAGACUACAUGACUCAUUAGAUAAAAAAAAUACAGGCAUACAGACUCGUACAUAUUUCGAAUGUGUAUGUUUCAUCAUGGAUUUGAACUGUUUCACAUAUCAGGGAGUUCAUACCAACACAAAAUGGAUCAAUCUAAGGAAUGUGGAAAUCAUACUUCUUUGAAAAUUGUUAAUAUGAAAAGGUAUCUUUCUGAUACUGUAACAAACUUUUAGAUAAAGAUAUCUACUAUAAAUAUAUCUUUGUGUAAAUAGAAGCUAUAGAGUAGCUAUCUUGAUAGCUAAUCAAAUCAAUAACUUAAAUUCAUGUAUAAGCAGUUCCCAGGGAACAUAGGACUUUUGGGGGUGGGAGGGUUGUUUUUUAGUAUGUUAUAUUACAGGAAUUGUAUGUCCAGUGUGAAUCAUGUUUGUAAAAGCAUUGUGUCACUUACUAGAGUAAUUUCUAAUACAUGUAAAAUGAUCCAUUCUAAGUAUUACCACAUUAAUAUAUUUUUAUGCAUUGCCAUUGAAAUAAUAUUUUAUAAAGUAUGCUUUUUAAAAAUAAGUAUAAAGUAUACUUUUUCUUGUACUGUGCCCUAGCAUUUAUAAACGCAUUUGAUAAAUGUUGAUGAACUAUUGUCAUCCAUAUAGAAACCAGUGUUUUUGUUUUCAACUGUAUCUGAGGCAGUAAGAAAUUCAAAUCUGUGUGUAAAAUAGAUAGAAAUUCCUGCCUAGGAUAUUUUAAAUUGUUGGCCAGAAGUGUCCAAGAGUGAGGAGCACCUAUAGUACUCAUUGCACUCUACAGUUUUUUUUAAGUACUUAAAAUAUUCCUAUUUUUAUCUAUUGUUUUCAUGUACUAUUUUUAAAAUUUGAAUUCUUAUGUGUUAUGUGUGCAGAGCACAAAUGCUGUAUAACAUGGGAAUUAACUAUAUUUUUAUUUGAUAUGAUUGUCUUUUUAAACAUCAUGUUCUGCUUCUUCUCACUACUGAGUGAAUGAAGAACAUAUUCUUAAGGAUUUGUGGCAGCCAUUGUGGAGUGAUUUCCUCAGUCACUCCCUCCUUAUUCUUCACUGGCAGAACUUGGAUAUCUAUUCUUCUUCAAGGAUGAGAAAUAUAUCCUGAUCAGUUUCAAUCAAUAAUAAUACUCCCUGUCAGCCAGCAGUUGGUUUAGAGUGGCCAUAGGACUCAAUUCUAGUUAAAGAGAUAUCUGACAGGUUAUUUCUAGAAAAGGUUUCCUCAGAGGUCCAUGGAAUCAAGCAAAUUGAAGUGGAAUCUUUUUGGUUAACAUUCCUUUGUCUGGAUGUGGUGCUUGGUAAUGUCUUCCGACAGUGUAUGAAUUGUGGCAUGAGCAGAAAGACUGCAGAAACCUGGAAUCUGGAUGAUAUUGAGCCACUGAACCAGCCAGCCUUAUAGCCACUCCAUCUCUGGACUCUCAUGAGAGACUAAACUUAUUUUUAAACUAGCUAAUUUAGGAUGCUCUGUUACUGAUAACUGAAGACAUUCUGAUAGUCACUUUUGUAGGAGUUAUGCAAUUCUGAAGCGAGCUUUAGAAAAAUCAUUUAUUUUCAGGUGUUGAUAUAGAGAUUUAUCUUAAUUUCUGUAAAUUUUUAUGUAAAUAGUUUGAGCAUUAGACAUCAACUUGAAACAAUUAAAUGUGUAUGCUUUCUUGAACUGUUACAUCAUCGACCUACAAAGUAAAUAAAUGUCUGGAACCUA